GAGAUUUUGGGGCACACGUAAACCAGCGACUUCCUGAGCAGUGAGUGGUGACUUCCUGAGCCCCGGCAGCAGCAGGAUCGGGCCCUUGGCAGAGGGACCUGAUGGCAGAGCCCGAGCCCCCUCCAGAGCUGCAGCCGGGUGAAGCUGGAGCAUCCUCUGCCCCUGAGGAUGCAGCUUCAGGAGCUGCUCCACACCCAGACCUUUCUCACAGCCCCUUAGACACAGCAGAGGGUGUGGGGGGGACACCCCUGAACCAGGACAGCCCUGUCACCUGCUGGAAGCUGCAGGUAGAUGGCGAGGACUCUUCCUUGGAGCUAGGGCCAGGGCCCCAGCUGGGCGAGGAUGCGGCCAGGGCUGAGAUCCCGCUGGAUGUGGAUGUGGCAGGAAUCCCGCUGGACGUGGAUGGGGCAGGGAGGCCACUGGAUGUGGAAGGAAUCCCGCUGGACGUGGAUGAAGGUGGGAUGGGGAUCCCACUGGAUGUGGAUGCAGAUGGAGUAGGACUCCCGCUGUACAUGGACACAGAUGGGGCAGGGAUCCCUGAUGCGGAUGCAGAUGGGGCAGGAAUCCCACUGGAUAUGGAUGCAGAGGGAGCAGGUGGCCCCUUGGAUGCAGAGCAGCAGUGCCUGACCCUCGAAGAGCUGGGGGACUAUUUCCAAGAAUGCAUCGAAGCUGUGGAGCAGCUGGAGAAGGAGAGAGACAGCCUGAUUGCCGAGCUCUCCCAGCUCCGGGAGCCGGCGCUGCAGGAGAUCCGCCUUGCCCACGAGGAGAUCCAGGCAGCUUGCCGGCUGCUGGCCAAGGUGGAGCUGGAGAGGGACAACCUGAAGGAUGAGAUCCGGCAGAUCAAGCAGAAGCUGUUCAAGGUGACAAAGGAGUGUGUGGCUUGCCAGUACCAGCUGGAGAGCCGGCGGCACGACCUCUCCCAGCACGCUGCUUACCGGGGCGAGCUGGAGACCCAGGCCGGGCAACUCUCCGGAGAACUCUCCCAGCUGAAGGAGACCUGUGAGAAGGAGAAGGAGGUUUUGAGGCAGCGGCUGGAGACCCCGCCGUGUCGGCAGGACAACCUGUACCUGCAGGAGAGCCGCCGGCUCUCCAUGGAGUUCGAGAGCUUCGUGGCAGAGAGCCGGCGGGGCCUGGAGGAGCACUACGAGCCCCAACUGCUGCGGCUGCUGGAGAGACGGGAGGCGGGGGCCAAGGCGCUGCAGGAGAUGCAGGGGGAGAUCCAAGGGAUGAAGGAAGCCCUGCGACCCUUGCAGGGGGAGGUCAGCCGGCUGCGGCUGCAGAACCGCAGCCUGGAGGAGCAGAUCGUCCUCGUCAAGCAGAAGCGGGACGAGGAGGUCGGGCAGUACCGGGAGCAGGUUGAGGAGCUGGAAGACAGGCUGAAGGAGCUGAAAAACGGGGUCCAGCUCCAGCAGCGCAAGAAUCAGGAACUGGAGGAGCUGAGAACCAGCCUCCACCGGGAGCUCUCCAUCUACAAGGGCUGCUUAGAAAUCUACGGCCACCUUUGCAAAUCGGAAGAAAAAGAAGACCAGGACUGCUAAAAACUGUGGAUUUUUCCUCUUUGUAGCAGAACUGAAGGACAGAGGCACCUGCAGGGGACGUGCCCUCCUGCCACGGGCCCUGCCUGAGGCCCAGCAGCCGCCCAAACCAGAAACACCCCUCGGUUCACUCGUACUCUCUCAAGGGGCUGCUGUCAAUGGCGCAGUAAAACUGCUUUCCCAGAGAGGAGCAGAGAAAAAUAAUACUUGCACUGAACAAUGGACAUAAAUGAAGAAUGUUAUACUGUAUGGUUUUGCUGUGUUUGAAAAAAAAAAUAAUAAUAAUAAUGUAUCUUGCCUUGUUCCAUAGGUGGAAGGUGUACGCCUGCACAGGGAGCGUUGUUCUGGAAGCCAGUGUUG